AUGAAAUGUCGAGUCUCGCAAUUGGAAUUUCUUAACGUCCCUGGUUUUCCAUGGGUGAAUGGCGGGCGAAAUACACCAGACCUUUUGACUUUUGCUCACUUGGCGCAUUGCAUGAUGCUGAUUGCCGUACCAGCCAGACUUGGUCAAUCUCAAGCUCUUUUUCCACGACUGAAUCCCCCAGAACUGCAAUUCACGACCCGAGACAUCCAAUCCAUAUUCUUCCACCACAGCGCCGUGAACUACCAGUGCAGACUCGUGCAACACAGGCAGCCGCACCUCCAGCUUCCUCUCUGA